AAGAAAAAAGAGAAAAAAAAACACGGAAUCCCGGAAUCUCCAAAGUUUAUUCUAGAAACGACCCACUAGUCCCACCACCGUUAAUCUCUCUGUUUCUCUGCAGCCCCAAAAAAAGCAUAGACCUGAGUAAUAAUAAUCAAGGUCUCGUUCAAAAACAAGACGAAAACAAGACCCAAUUCCCAUCUUCUGCCACCUGUUUCAUCUCAACUACCCAAGAAAGUUCCCAUGUGGCCAUGUUUCUUUUCCUUUAAAACAAUCCUCUCUUUUUUUUUUAUGAUUAUUAUUUAUUGCAUGAUCAAAUAAAAUUCAAUACCCUUUGUUUUUCUAUCUUUGAUUCCUACGGUCAACUCCAGUUACUAUAAGUAUGUCUCCUCUCUUCUUCUACGCCACUUGUUAAAUUGAACUCUUACCUUUUUACCUUAACCCCUUUUCAAUGAAUUCUAAUUCUUCUUCUUUUCUGAAUCACAACAAUAACAACCACAACUCUUCCCUCCAAAACAACAACAGCAGCAACACAGAGGAUCCUUGCUUUGAUCCUUGUUCUGGAGUGGGUUUCGGGUCUCGGGUUGUGAUGGAUUCGAAUUCAACUUUGAAAAACUCCAACACCAAACCUAAGGUUGUGUAUGGUACCGCUGGCUAUAUCCUCGAGGAUGUUCCGCAUUUAUCUGAUUACAUUCCUGAUCUUCCAACAUACCAUAAUCCUUUGCAAGACAACCCUGCUUACUCAGUAGUUAAGCAGUAUUUUGUGCAUGUUGAUGACAGCGUUCCUCAGAAGAUUGUUGUUCACAAAGAUAGUGAAAGAGGGGUACAUUUUCGGCGUGCUGGACCUCGUCAAAGGGUGUACUUUGAAUCAGAUGAUGUUCAGGCUGCCAUUGUUACAUGUGGGGGUCUGUGCCCUGGGCUCAACACUGUGAUUAGGGAAUUAGUGUGUGGCUUACACCAUAUGUAUGGCGUGAAGAAAGUUCUGGGAAUCGAUGGAGGAUACAGGGGCUUCUAUGCUCGCAAUACAAAAACCUUAACUCCUAAAAGUGUGAAUGAUAUACAUAAGCGUGGGGGAACUAUCCUUGGUACAUCACGAGGUGGACAUGACACCAAUAAGAUCGUUGACAGUAUUCAAGAUCGGGGAAUCAAUCAGGUUUAUAUAAUUGGAGGAGAUGGAACUCAGAGGGGUGCAUCUGCAAUUUUUGAGGAAGUCAGAAGGCGUGGUCUCAAAGUUGCAGUUGUUGGAAUCCCCAAAACCAUAGAUAAUGACAUCCCGGUUAUUGAUAAGUCCUUUGGCUUUGACACUGCUGUUGAGGAGGCUCAACGUGCUAUAAAUGCAGCACAUGUUGAAGCUGAAAGUGUUGAGAAUGGUAUAGGUGUUGUCAAGCUGAUGGGUCGAUAUAGUGGAUUUAUUGCAAUGUAUGCUACUCUUGCAAGUCGAGAUGUGGACUGUUGCUUAAUUCCAGAGUCACCCUUUUACCUUGGAGGUCCUGGUGGACUUUUUGAAUAUAUAGAGAAAACACUCAAAGAAAAUGGGCACAUGGUUAUUGUGAUUGCUGAAGGAGCAGGACAGGAACUUCUUUCGGAGAGCAUGCAAUCUGGGAACAAACAGGAUGCUUCUGGAAACAAACUUCUUCAAGAUGUUGGGCUAUGGAUAUCCCAAAAGAUUAAGGAUCAUUUUGCUAAAGAGAAGACAUUGGCCAUAACUCUCAAAUAUAUAGAUCCAACCUAUAUGAUCCGAGCUGUUCCAAGCAAUGCUUCUGACAAUGUGUACUGCACCCUUCUUGCUCAAAGUGCUGUUCAUGGAGCAAUGGCAGGAUAUACUGGCUAUACAAGUGGACUUGUCAAUGGAAGACAAACUUAUAUACCCUUCUAUAGAAUCACCGAGAGACAGAACCACGUAGUUAUAACUGAUAGAAUGUGGGCUAGGCUUUUAUCUUCAACAAAUCAACCAAGCUUUUUGGGUGCUAAGGAUGACAAUGAAGACAAGAAGGGAGGAGAACCAUUGGACCAGUUGCAGGAUGGACAUUGUUCAGAUGUCACUUUGGUGAAUAAAGAAAUCAACUACACUCUUCGCACAGCUUGCUAGAUGUUAUUGUCAUUUUGCUAUACUUUAUCAUACAUUAUAAGCAGUAUAUGAGCUAUCUUUUUUGCCCUUCUAUGUAAUGUUCGUAAGAUGGCUGUGGAAAACUCAGCCUCAUGACCAAAGAUAUUGAGUUAGUAUAUUUCGUCUUGUAAA